GAGAUUAACUUCAAGGAAAACAGGAGAAAACAAAAAACAGAAUGGUGGCAACGACAGACUGCGCAGAAAAGUCCAAAACCAUCGCUGGAAACAAGGUGUCCAAGCCACUCAUGGAAAAGAAACGAAGAGCUCGCAUAAACAAGUGUUUGGACCAGUUAAAAUCUCUUCUGGAGAGCUACUACAGCACAAGUAUUCGAAAGCGCAAACUGGAAAAGGCAGACAUCUUGGAGCUCACUGUGAAACAUCUAAGAAACCUCCAAAAGAUCCAGAGCUGUACUGCAGCUGCGUCGGAGUUUUCUGAUUACCAAACUGGCUUCCGCACUUGCUUGGCAAACGUCAACCAGUAUCUGCUGAUGGCGGAUAACUUGAACGGGAGCGACCGCUGGACGUUAUCUCAGCUUUCCAGUAAACUCUGCCGCUCCCGCGGACGAGAGGAAGCCUUCAACACCAUGGACAGCGGCCUGUGCCAAUCGGAGACACAGGACGACGCGCAGAGACUUCUUCCAUCUAGAGCUGGACCUGAGGAGAGAAAAACGACCAAAUCUAAAGCUCUGAAACCCAACAACUUAAGCACGUCUCCUGCUUUACAGAGUGAAGAAGUGCGGCAUCCAACUGGAAACAAAAAGCCCGUCCUUGCUGCGACGGUUCCCACACAAAAAACUCCUGAAAGGAGCUCAAGUCUCAAAAAGUUUCACUCUGUCAGUCACAGGAGUGAAGCAGCAAACACUCAGCGCAUUGUGUGGCGGCCUUGGUAGAGUUUAUAAGGAAGAUGUAGAUAUCCUCAGUCAUAGCUUGAUUGAAUGUUUAUAAUUGCACUGCAUAGAUUUACACGUUAUUACCUUUAUACUGUAUAUGUUUUAUU